CGCGCUUCGAGGGAACAACUAAUGAACAUUGGCUGUUGCGCAAACAAGAUUUGGCUGUUGAGCGAACAGCCUCUGUCAUGUGAGACUCGAGCAAACUCACAGAUUACGCCUUUUCUGUUCCCGAGCCAUCUGAAUGCAACCCAACAGGUUAAUCCCAACGUACGAAUCUGAGGUGAGUUGAAACGAGGGAGAAUUUUGCGUUGCGUUGAGUUCGAAUUUCUUACUUGGUAGGCGAGGAAAGCGUGAAGCGAUAGAUAUAUAUUGAUACGUAGCUUUCCAACAUUUACGCCUGCAAGUGCACGAUACGUAGGCUUUACGACUUGGGCGUAAAUCAUGCGGAAAACGAAACAUUCCACACGGUCUACUCUGGGGGUCGGUCUGUGUUUCUAUGUGACUAUGUCUGCUCUUAGACCGUUGAUCGCGUUUGAUUCUUUCCCUGUUGAUCAUUUCAUAUAGACCUUAACCCUUCUUAUUCCUCAACCUAUCUAUGAGAUCGAAUUCCUAAACGAGUCCCCCUUACAGGCUUCUCUGACUUCUCAUCUGCUUCUCAGCAGAUGGAGCAAGAGGAAACGCCCAUCUUGAGAACAAAUUCCCUGGUGGAAAUUGAGAUUCCAGUAGUUUCUGAAAAAAUUGAUGUCCACUCUCUGCCACAGAAUUUACCUCGCAAACAUCUUUGUGCUUUCUCCAGACAAGAAAAUAGUACUUUGGAGUCAGAACAACGAUCAAAGUCCGUGGUAAAACUAUGUGGACUUAUCAUUUUUUAUAUACUAGUAAUAAUAGUAGAGAUUUUUGGUGGUGUGAAAGCCAACAGCCUGGCAGUUAUCACAGAUGUAGCCCACUUGCUCUCUGAUGUUGCCGGAUUGUCCAUUUCUCUUUUAGCUGUAUGGGCUUCAGGUUGGGCGGCAACAUCUCACCAUUCUUUUGGAUACAAUCGUCUUGAGGUUUUGGGUGCCCUACUAUCUGUGCAGCUUAUAUGGUUGAUCUCUGGGAUUUUAAUUUAUGAAGCCAUUGACAGAAUUCUUCACAAAAACGCAAAGGUGAAUGGGAUGCUUAUGUUUGCGGUUGCAGCAUUUGGAUUUAUCAUUAACUGUCUGAUGGUUGCAUGGCUUGCUCACAAUCACGACCACAGCCACACUCAUCAUGCCUGUGGACACGUGGAUCAUAAUCAUGAUCAUGAAAAGGAGGAACUAUGUGCAACAACCGAAGAGGAGACUCACUUGGUGUCAGAUUCUCCAGAAAAGUCCAAAAUAUUAAACAUAAAUGUCCAAGGGGCCUACCUGCAUGUCUUGACUGAUCUGAUUCAGUCUGUAGGGGUGAUGAUUGCUGGAGCCAUCAUAUGGGCAAAGCCAGAUUGGUUAGUGGUUGAUCUGAUCUGUACUCUUAUAUUUGCAGUUCUUGCUUUAAGUACUACUGUGUCUAUGCUUAGAAAUAUAUGCGGCAUACUGAUGGAGAGGACUCCAAUUGAGAUUGAUAUUGAUAAGCUAGAAAAUGGCCUCAAGUGUAUCAAAGGAGUUCAGGAUGUUCAUGACCUACAUGUUUGGGCAAUAACUGCGGGGAAAAUUGUGUUAUCUUGCCAUGUAACAGCUGAACCUCUAGUUUCCUCAAGUGAAUUGAUUUGCAAGAUCAGAGAUUUCUGUGAAAGAACAUACAGAAUACAUCAUGUAACUGUGCAAAUUGAAUAGCAACUUAUACAUUUAACAUUCCUUCUCUCUUGUUUAACUUUCUUCAGUUCUUACCCUUUAAGUUAUGAGGAAGAGAGUUAUGAAAUAAAAAGGCAAGGCCAUUGUUGACCAA